UACGUCCACAAUCUCCAUCUACAUGCAGCACUGCGAGCUCGGCAGCCUCGACACGCUGAUCCUGCGCUUCAACGCGCACGCCACGCGGCUGCCCGACGAAGGCUUCGUCUUGCGCGUCUUCUGGCACCUAGCCCUGGCGCUAUGCUACCUGAGCACCGGCGCUGAUUACGCCUCGACGCGGUACCGCGCCAUUCGGGGCCAAUCUGCGGUGAAGAAGCAAGGCUGGGAUGCCAUGCUGCAUGGCGACAUCAAGCCCGGCAAUGUCUUCUUGACGCGCGACAGGGCGUGUAAGGGUGCGGAUGCGCAUACGCCUUAUCCGUGCGUUGUGCUUGGGGAUUUUGGAUGCGUGCGUGCGAGCGAGGAGCAGUGUUCACGGCAUGCGCGAGUGCUGGGGCGCGGGGAUCCGCGGUUUGAGGCGCCGGAGCGCGAGCCGAGUGUGUUUGGCGAUGUCUUCAGUGUGGGACUCGUCUUGCAUUGUCUUGCGCGUAUGGUGCAGGUUCCUGAUGGGCUUUUACUGCCGGAUAGGCCGCUGGGCAGACGGUAUGCCGGGUCUAAGUAUCUGGCGCAGACGGUGCGGGCUUGUCUUGCGCGGACGCCUGAGCAGAGGCCUUCCCCGCUGGAACUGCCCAAGUUGGUGUUUGAGGGUUAUCGUGUGUGGAGGCAGACGAGGGGCUGCGAUGGUGUUGCUUUGCCUAAAUGGGCUUUUGGCUAAAUG